CCCGCAACCUGGCCCUGAAACAGAAGACCCGGCAGUCGUCCAACAGCACCACGUUUCCAGAGAGAGGUCUGUCGUCACACGCCGUGGACGGAAACAGGCGCAACAUCUUCGAUGAACAAAGCUCCUGCAGCCAAACAGGCGUUCAGUGGGAACCCUCCUGGGAAGUUCAGUUCAAUUUGCCGGUUAUCAUUUCCAAUGUGAUUGUUUUCAACCGGGACG